AUGCUCCGAGGGCAGCUCGUCCGCUGGUACCUGCUGGCUCUGCUUUUCCUCCCAUGUUGCCUGUGCCAAGACGAAUACAUGGAGGUGAGCGGAAGAGCUAAGAAAGCGGUGGCGAGAAUAGUGCAAAGCCACCAGCAGACUGGCCGUAGCCAUGCCCGGAGGGAGAAAGUGAGAGAGAGGAGCCAUCCUAGAACUGGGACUGUGGAUAAUACCACGUCUACAGACGUGAAGCCCCUGGGACCGGCUGAGCUCCCGCACCCCGAGGUAGAUGACCUAGCCCAGAUCGCCCCACUCUGGGCCCAGUCACCCCAAGCUGGAGGACUGCCCCCAGAUUGCAGCAAGUGUUGCCAUGGAGACUACAGCUUCCGAGGCUACCAAGGACCCCCUGGACCUCCGGGCGCCCCUGGCAUUCCAGGAAACCAUGGGAACAACGGCAAUAAUGGGGCCACUGGGCAUGAAGGGGCCAAAGGUGAGAAAGGAGACAAAGGUGACCUGGGCCCACGAGGGGAGCGAGGACAGCAUGGCCCCAAAGGAGAGAAGGGCUACCCAGGCAUUCCGCCGGAACUUCAGAUUGCAUUCAUGGCUUCUCUUGCAACUCACUUCAGCAAUCAGAACAGUGGGAUUAUCUUCAGCAGUGUGGAGACCAACAUUGGAAACUUCUUUGAUGUCAUGACUGGUCGAUUUGGGGCCCCGGUAUCAGGUGUGUACUUCUUCACCUUCAGCAUGAUGAAACAUGAGGAUGUGGAGGAGGUGUACGUGUACCUCAUGCACAACGGCAACACUGUCUUCAGCAUGUACAGCUACGAAACCAAAGGGAAAUCCGACACGUCCAGCAACCACGCAGUGCUGAAGCUGGCCAAAGGAGAUGAGGUGUGGCUGAGGAUGGGCAACGGGGCUCUCCAUGGGGACCACCAACGCUUCUCCACCUUCGCAGGCUUCCUGCUCUUUGAAACGAAGUAAACACGGGAAAUGCCAGCUCCACUUUGGGGACGCCUGGUAGCCAAGCUGGUUUUGUUCUGAUCGGAGAAAGAGUAGUCGAGGGUUCUACAGGCUGCAUUGAAAAAAAAAAUUGUUUUUUUGGUUACAUUUGUUAAUCAUACUACAGGUAGACAAUUAAUGUUGGAUGACUCAGGGGCUCAGAAGAAUAUCGCCAGGACACGGUAUUCCCUGGACUGGUACCCUCAGCACCUUCAUCACACUUUCUUAAGCGCUUAGAGGAGAAUUUCCUGUGGUGCAGGUUGGAGGCAGCUCUCCCAGUCGGAGAAGCCCUUGGCAAAGGGUUUUGACUGCUCUGCCAUUUCGCUCUCAGUUUUCAGGACCUUCUGAAGUCUUGGUUUCUUCAGAACCUUUCAGAGAAGUGGGGCAGUGAUAAGCAUGGAGCUGAGGCAAGAACAGAGCACUUGCCAAGAUGUUCCACGCACAUUUGCAAAACCCAGUUACACACAUUCUUGUACAACCCUAAGAUGUAAUGCUUUGCUCUAGUAGGUCAAGAUUCAUGAAUAAAAUAUAAACAUUUGCAACUCCCCAUAGCUUUUAGAUAGAAAGAGCAUUCACAAUGUCCACAGUGAUGUGGCUCCGCCUUUUUUGAGGGCAAUUCUGUCACAAAAUCUUAUCUUCUAAUCAUUUUACAUUUUAGAAAUAGAAUUUUUUCAUGACCCAGACUUGGGUUUAUCAAAUUGAAUCUUUAAACAAAACUGUUUUAAUGUGGGUAAAAAUAUAUAAAACAAAACACCUGCUAUUUCAACAUGCUUGUCAAGUAGAUAUGUAACAAAUUAUUUGCCAUUUGCACAUUCGUCACAUGCACGGACAUGUGACAUUGGGCAAAGUCAUCAUGGCACGCAACCAGCACCACGGUUUCCAAGUACUCCACUCCCGUCGCCAUCAGUGCCCUCUGGACAGACCUCCCCUUUCCUCCUCCUGAGCCCUGGUAGUGGCUAACAACCUUCGGUCUCUCUGUUUAGCUAUUUCAUAUCAUGGUGUUACAUAACAUUUGUCCUGUUGUUUUGACUUAGCUCACUCCAGAUGUUCUCAAAACUCAUCUAUGUGUCAUUUCUCUUUAUCACUAAUAUCCCGUUGCAUGUGUACUCGAAGGCAUCCCAUAUUUUGUUUUUUCACUCAUCUGUUGAUGGACCCUUCAGGUUGUUUCUUAAUGAAAUUUGGGAAACAAGUU